CUACGCGGCCCAUUACAGAAACCCUGGCUCUAACCCCUCCGCCAUUAUCUCACACCUAUCUUCUGCGCCGCCCAUAAGCCAUUAGCUCUAAACAAUGACGACGCAUUUGAAGAAAAACAGGAAGAAGAGAGGCCAUGUUAGCGCCGGCCAUGGCCGUAUCGGGAAGCACCGGAAGCAUCCGUCGGGUCGCGGUAACGCCGGAGGAAUGCACCACCAUCGGAUCCUCUUCGACAAGUACCAUCCGGGAUACUUCGGAAAGGUCGGUAUGAGGUAUUUCCAUAAGCUGCGAAACAAGUUCUACUGCCCUACUCUCAACAUCGAUAAGCUCUGGUCACUCGUCCCCGAGGAAGUCAGAUCCAAAGCUUCUAAGGACAAAGUUCCGAUGAUUGACGUCACGCAAUUCGGAUACUUUAAGCUCCUGGGCAAGGGCGUGCUCCCGAGCAACCAGCCUGUGGUGGUGAAGGCCAAGCUUGUUUCGAAGAUCGCGGAGAAGAAGAUCAAGGAGGCAGGUGGGGCUGUUGUUCUUACAUCAUAGAUUCGUUUCAAUUGAUUUGAGUUUUUAUUAUUAUGUUGUUUUAAUUGUUAGACAAGCUUAUGGAACAGAUUUUCUACAAUUUACCCAUGCUAUGGAGUUUAAUCUGCAAUAUUAUCAGAAAUACAUGCUUAUCUUUGAUUUCUGGAAUGUUUUUUCAUUUUGUUUCCUAGGAUCAUUAUCAUGCCAGUAAC